AUUAUUUCUCAUAUUGCCAUUUACUUCAAAACAAUUUGUUAUGUUUAAAACACUUCUCAACCCUACCUGAAAAUAAUUAUAACAAUAAUAUAGAUAACGAUUCCCCGUAACUGCAAAAGCGGACGCGAACAUAGUUAUGGCGGGCAUAAAUAACUACUCUAGCUUAAAAUUCCAAGCGGAGCGUGGACUGCACGACGAGCAGCACCCUGAGAAGGGACAUCCGGGAUCUAGGGACUUGCCCACGACCUAUAGCCCCAGCAAACACCUGGGAAGCAGCGUCGAUCGCCGCGAGAAGUCGAUGGUGGAGAAUAUUAAUGCCGAUCAAGAUGCCAUUAACAGAAUCCAAUAUCUUAAUCCAGAGCAUGCCGCCCUAUCGCUGCCGUUGGGAAAGCACAAAGUGCUGGACAAAUACUCGGAUGCUCAAGAAGAUGAUACAUCGGUUCGGAAGUACCUGGUCAUGGGCGUUCAGUGGGUUUCCCUGGUCACCGAGAACCUGUUAAGCCAUCCGUUCAUAGUGCUGCGUCGGCAAUGCCAGGUCUACAAUGCCUCCAGGCGCUACCAUCUGCAUCCCUUCACACUUCUGCCCAGCAUCGUCCAUCUGCACCGUCGGCAGGGACUGACCACGCUGUGGAAGGGCGUGGGCAGCUGCCUCCUGGUGCGCGGCAUGACCCUGGCCAUAGACGACUUCAUCUCGAAGUGCACCAGCUGGCCCAAGGAGGUGAAUAGCCGAACCACAUUGAAGCGCUUUGGACAGCACAUACUCCUUAAAUGCAUAAGCAUUGGGCUGGUGGUGCCCUUUCAUGCCGCCUCCCUCGUUGAGACUGUGCAGAGCGACAUAGCCAGCGAAAAACCCGGACUUUUCGACGUCUUUCGGGAGGGAAGCCUGCGGCUCUUCUACUGGAGUUCACCGCAAAAAGGACGCAUGCUGCCUGCCUGGGCGUUAAUCGGCCCAAGUGUCUCCUUCGGCAUCACCAAGUAUCUCUUCAACUUGGUCAUACGCGGCGUCUCAUCUCGCAUCAUGCGGCGGCGAAUAACGAAUCAGUCGCAGGACAGCCAGGGCGGAAAGUUCCACGAUAGUUCGCUGGAGCAUCAGAAUGCGGAAGUGUAUGCAAACCUCAUCGCCAUACUGACCACUGAGGCCAUCUUCUUUCCGUUCGAAACAAUUCUGCAUCGCCUGCAACUGCAGGGCACACGAACUAUAAUCGACAACCUCGACAAUGGCUAUGACGUGGUCCCCAUCCUGACAAACUACCAAGGCGUUGUCGAUUGCUACCAAACCACAAUUGUUUCGGAGGGAGUUUGUGGUCUGUACAAGGGAUUCGGAGCAAUGAUCCUGCAAUUCGUGGCACACGUUGCCGUCAUCAAAUUGGCCAAAUGGGUUGUGAAUCAAAUAGCUGAGGUCAUAUCCAAUCGACCACCGGCUCGAAUAGUGCAGUACUAUAACCUCGAUGGCAUUGCUUGCUCGAGGUCCACGACACUGUCGCCGAGCAUUUCCAGCACCGAAAUGGAGGACAACAGCGUGGGACAGAAUUCACUAGAUUAGUUAAUUGCUAGUCCAAUUAUUAUGCAUAUGUAAAUUAUAUGAAAUCAUUUAAUUGUCGAA